AUGUACCACUCUGGUAAUGGGAUUCACCAACGCUUCAGAAAUCCUCCAACGAGUAAUGAGCAUGGUAUUGUCAGGUAUGCCCGGUGUAAGAUGGAUUCACGAUGACAUAACCAUCUACGGUCGCACGGUACGAGAGCACAACGAGCGUCUUGCCGCAUGCCUUCACCGACUGCAGCAAUAUAGCAUCACCUUCAACAAGUCAAUGUGCAUUUUUGGGGUCGACAAAGCCACUUUCAUGGCCAUGCAGCUAUCCUCCAAGGGCAUCCAACCUUCUCAACAGAAAGUUGACGCAGUUAAGUACUUUAAACCCCCAGCAAAGUAUCCGAAGUGAAGAGCUUUCUCGGUCUCAUCAACUUUCUCGCUCGAUUCACGCCCAACCUUGCCACGGAAGCGGAACCCCUCCGACGCCUCACACGCUCAGGUAAUAAGUGGAUCUGGGGACCAGAUCAGCAGAAAUCCUUCCAAGGCCUGAAGAACAGCAUCUCGCGGGCCUCAUGCCUUGUCUUCUUCGACAAAGAUCGUCAAACUGAGCUUCGAGUAGAUGCCUCGCCUGUGGGACUGGGAGCCAUUCUGUGUCAAAUCCAGGGAGAUGGAACUUCGCGACCAGUUGCCUACGCUAGCCGGUCGCUAAGCGAUGUCGAAAGGGAAGCACUCGCCGUCAAAUUCGGCUGUUUGAAGUUCGACCACUAUCUCAGCGGUGACCCAGAUUUCACCAUCAUAACCGACCACAAACCACUGCUUGGUCUCUACAAGCCUGGGUCCCACCUCCUCCACGUAUUGAGCGUUGGGCGCUGCGCAUUCAACAUCUCAAUUUUCGACUUCGUUACGAACCGGGUCCAAAGAACGCAGCCGAUGUAUUUUCACGACAGCCGACUCUACCCCGAGCUCACGUCAAUCCCAGCGAACACGCGGAUACCAGAAUGAUUAAUGCCAUCACCACAGCGUCACUGCCACGAGCCUGCAUCAUCGAACAAGUAAGAGAAGCCACAGCGAAGGACGCGAAGCUUCAAACAGUCCUCAAGUCUCUCCAGUCAGGCACCUGGAACAAAGACCUUGGUCUCUUUUUUAGCCAUCGAAACGAAGUUUCCUUCUCUGACGGGGUCUUGCUCAGAAAUAACCGCAUAGUUAUCCCUCGAUCCCUACAACAAAGAGUUCUCGAGCUUGCUAACCAGGGGCACCAAGGCGUAGCCAAGACGAAAGCCCGUUUGCGUACUAAGGUAUGGUGGCCGGGAAUGUCAACGGAGGCGGAAACAUUCGUUAAACGGUACCAGCCUUGUCUUGUGGCGACUGAGCCAACAAAACCUAGUUUCACCCCACUGAAACCCACCACCCUCCCAAAAGCAGCCUGGUUAUUGAUAGGGAUGGAUUUCGUAGGCCCAUUUCCCACCGGAGAAAACCUGUUGGUGCUAGUCGACUAUUAUAGUCGAUAUCCUGAAGUAGAAAUCAUGAAGCAUAUCACGACUGCCGCCCUGGAACCGCGCCUUCGUCGAAUUUUUGCACGCUACGGAGUACCCCAGGAAAUUGUCACGGACAAUGCCAAAACUUUCCGGUCAUCCAGGUUCUCUAACCUUAUGAGAGAAUUUGGUAUCAAGCACAAAAAAAUAACUCCCCGGUAUCCACGUGUGAAUGGCGAAGCAGAACGGUCAACCGCAGUAUCAACAAAGUGGUCAAAACCGCAAUAGCCGAGUCACGGGACUGGCGUAAGGCCAUCGACGCUUGGCUGUUGGCUUAUCGUACCACGCCCCAUACGGUCACCGGUUAGCCACCAGCAGCCAUGAUGUCAACGACAAGCUUCCAUCACUACAGCCGUCAGCGCCCAUAAACAUCAACCGUAGGUCAUACCGAUAGCACGACGCCAACAACAAGCAAAAGGGGAAGUGCUACCACGACAUUAAGAAGAAAGUGCAGCCCAGCUCAAUUAAAGUCGGCGAUCAGGUCCUUAUCCGUUCGGAAAAGAAAGGCAAAGUAGCACUACCGUGGCGUGCCAGUACGUUUCGUGUCACCGCCGUCAAGGGCGACUCCAUCCUAAUCGACGAUGGAAAUCACCGCCUCAUGCGCCACUCUACGGCUGUUAAGAAAGUGCCAAUAACCGUUACAACUGCUCCAGAUGUUGCAACAACACCUCCAGAAACAAUUGUUGCUCAACGACCUCGUCGCUCUAUAAAACGACAACCAGACUAUUACGGCUAUAGUUCUACCGCAUGA